CCUAAAAAAAAGAGAAAAGUGCGGGAAAUUGUGGAAGCAAGGCGUCAGCGUGACGCUAUCAUGACAUCCUACGUUGGGUGGAGGAAGCCCAGUUGAAACAACAUUUCAAAAUUUGAACAACGUUAAACCAACAUUUGGGUUCAUCAAUUCCUGCAAUUCUGGUAAUUCUCGAAAAUUUUCUGGAAGUUGUAUUAGUUUAUAUACUCAAUGCCUUUUGCCUAAUUUGUUAGAUGAUUUAAUAUUUUUCAAAGUUAUAUUUUGUCUAUACGGAUUGAAAUUUCCAAAAUGACAAUUGUUCAUAGUGGUAUUUGUUGAGAUAAUAUCCAAGGAUAAUUUGGUCGGAUUAAAGGGUUAAUAUUAUUGCAAGAUUUGCAUAAUUGCAUUUGUACAUUAAUAUUGUCGCUUGUGGUCGAUCGGAGGAGAGACCAUAGACGAGUAGGGAUGGCAAUUGGCCUGACAAAACUAUUGACCCAUAGGAUUCUAUAUUAAUAAUUUUACUUUUAAAAAUAAAACAAGAACCAAACAUUUGCUUAUGCCCAUCAACUAAUGCCUGGCUUGAGCAUCUUUAAAUUUUGUUAUGUCGGUUUUAUUGGUCGAGAUAAUAAUAGGGUAGUUAAUUUGAUGGCAAAAAGAAAAAUUAUUCUUUCAUUUUUAAGCUUGUUGGAGUUUGAUUUGACGUUCUAGAUUGUGGCGGUGUAAUGAUUCUCGAAUCUUAUUUUUCUCAAUGACAUGAAUAAUGUAAUGGAAAAAAAAUAUUGAAUUAGAAAAACUAAAGAAGCUCAUUAUGUGAUUGUAUUUUUUUCAUGGUUAGAAUAUUUGAAGUAUUUAUAAACUCCACAAUUAAAAAACGAAGAUAAGAUAUGAUUUUAAAUGUCAAGAAUCCAGUGUUCGAUCCCAAUAAUAAGAGGUGGGAGAAGUAUCAAAAAUCAAAAUAAAUCUUCAAUGCAUAUUUUAAGGAUUAAUUGCAAGGUUGGUCACUGAUAUUACUAAAAAGGUUCAUGUUUGGUCACUACAAAUACUUAAUUCUAUUCGUGGUCACUAAGUCUAAGACUAGUUAAACACUUCAAAUUUGGUCACUUUCCGUCCAACUCCGUUAACUUUGUCUGAUGUGGCAGUCAACCUCUCAUAGUUGACCGUCGGUCAAAUGUGUAACGUGGCAAUUUAAAAAAAAAUUAUUCUAUUAAAUUUCCACCUCAGUUUAAUAACUUUUAAAAAAUAAUGUUUAAUCUCCUAUACCCCCUAAACACCCAAACCCUAGCCACCGCAAUCGCUCUCCAAAUCCCUUCCUCCUCCGCCAAGGCCAUGAGACUAUCUCAUCCACCACUAGCGGCGCAUCAUCAAUUCCACCACCAACUAUUGAAUUACAAACAUCAACAGCCUUAGUACUACUUGCGACCAGCUCGACCUCCGAAACGCGAUGGUAAUCGGAGACGAAGGCCAUCGCAGCGUCUCAGGCGGCGAGCGCUGUCGCAUCUCAAUCGGAAUCGACAUCAUCCACGACCCGAUCAUCCUCUUCCUCGACGAGCUGACCUCGAGGCUCGACUCCACCAGCACGUACAUGGUGGUAAAAGUCCUCCAGCUAAUCGCUCAGUCCGGCAACAUCGUCAUCAUGACCGUACACCAGUCGAGCUACAAAAUCCUCGAGUUGCUCGACCGAUUGCUCUUCCUCUCCCACGGGCAGACCGUUUACAGUGGAUCCCCAACAACCUGCCCGUUUUCUUCUCGGACUUCGGGCACCCGAUAUCGGACAAGGAAAAUCGGACCAAAUUCCCUCUAGAUCUGAUCCGCGAGCUUUAAGGCUCCGUUGGCGGCACCAAAUCCCUAGUCGAAUUCAACAAACACAGGCAGAUAGU